AUGUUCUACUUUGAUGCCAUCUCUUUCCUUGAGGCUCAUUUUAAGCGCUCUCCACCGGUUCCAUGGCGAAAAAUCAUCACAAAUCCAGCAUUCCUGGCUCAUCUCAUUGCCACAUGGAUUCUCACUAAUGUUGUCACAGUCAUGAUGGUCUAUUUGCCCACCUACUACAAGGAUGUGCUUCUAUUAGGCAUUAUUAUGAACGGAUUGUUUUCCUCGUUGCCAAUGAUGUUUAACUUCUUGUUCAAACUCUCGUGGGGAGUCCUCGUCGAUAGACUGAAGCGACGAAGAAUUCUUACGCCAACUCAAGGAGUGAAAAUCUCGCAGUGCUUUCCCACGUUUGGUGUAGCGGCAGGGCUUAUACCUGUAGCGCUGCUAGCCACUUGUCAGCGACCGGUGCUUACUCUGGUUCUCUUCUGUUUCACUAAUAUGUGCCUUGGGGCGCACACGAGGUUGGUCAUUUCCUGCUCGGAGUUGUCAUAG